AUGCCAUUACAUUUGCUUGGAAAGAAGUCAUGGAACGUUUACAACAAGGACAAUAUUGCCAGGGUACGGCGCGAUGAAGCUCGCGCAAAAGCUGAAGAGGAGGAAAAGGAAAGGAAGCGACAGGAAGAUGAAGCCGAGAAGAGGAUAGAUAUCUUGCGCGGGAAGCUGUUGACCCCCGUGAGUGAGGUAGCAGACAAAAAAGAGCAUUCUUCUCGCUCCCGUGAGAUAUCACAUGGCGAUAACAGACACAGUAAGAGGAGGAGACUAGCUGGAGAAAAUGACACAGAUCGUGAUAUCCGGCUUGCAAAGGAGGAGUCUGGACGAGCAUACCAGCGUGUUAAAGAUGAGACCUCUCGCCGACAUGUUAGUGAUGCACCUAUCGUCGAUAAGUCCGGACAUAUCAGCCUGUUUCCUGAAGAGCCAGCUAGGAGACACCACUCAGACAAGAAUCCUGAAACUGAAGCGGAAUUGGCACAGAAAAAUCGAGAGUUUGAAGACCAAUACACUAUGCGAUUCUCUAAUGCGGCAGGGUAUAAGCAAGAACUAACCUCUGCACCCUGGUACUCUUCUUCGAUGACGGAAAUAUCUGCUCAUAGUACGGGGAUACCUACGACGAAUGUCUGGGGCAACGAAGAUCCUAGGAGACAAGAAAGGGAGAAAAUGAGAUUAGCCACCAACGAUCCCCUGGCAGCAAUGAAGAGAGGUGUGAAGCAAUUAAGAGAGGUUGAGAAGGAGAGGACAAAAUGGGUGGAAGAGAGGGAGAGAGAGCUGAGAGCUUUAAAGAGGGAUGAGAAAGAGAAACGGCGGAGGCGAAGACAUAGGAGUAAUGGGGAUUCGGAUGAUAGCCUUGAUGGGUUUAGGCUGGAUGCUGAGCCUGAGAAGGUGGAAAGAAAACGCCAUCGAAGCCGUUCUCGAGAUCGAGGCCACAGAGGGGAAAGACCACGACAUUAUGAGCGGUGUCGGAGAAGACAUAGUGAUAGACGUGAGUCCAGGUCUUGGCCUGAGAAAGAAUCUGUUGCUUUGGGUCAAGCGUCAGGGAAACGAUACAAUGGCAUUUGA